CGCCCAAGUUUGCAGAGUUCUGUGGCACAGCAGAGCAAAGCACAAGGAGCUGUAGAGGAGAGAAACGCACGAUCCCGGUAGAUUUAUUUAGGAAAAAACACACUUUUUGUCUUUAACACACAAAGUUUGUUCGUUUGACUACUGCGUAGUUUCUUUUUUAAAUAGAAGUUUUUUUUCCUGGUAAACUUUUCGCGCGCUUGGUUCCUACUUUUGUAGAAGAAGCGUUAACUUUUUUAGGCUUUAUAGGCGCUUCAGAAAAGUCGGUUGAAUGUAUAACAUGAUGGAAACCGAGUUAAAAAGUCCCCUGCCACCGCAGUCAAAUGCGGGCUCGGGACCGGGCGGGAAGAGCGGCGCCGGGAGCGAUCAAGACCGUGUGAAGCGGCCGAUGAACGCGUUCAUGGUGUGGUCUCGCGGCCAGCGCAGGAAGAUGGCUCAGGAGAACCCUAAGAUGCACAACUCCGAGAUCAGCAAGCGCCUGGGUGCAGACUGGAAGCUGCUGACCGACGCUGAAAAGCGGCCGUUUAUCGACGAGGCGAAACGCCUGCGUGCCAUGCACAUGAAGGAGCACCCGGAUUACAAAUACCGGCCGCGGCGCAAGACCAAGACCCUGUUGAAGAAAGACAAGUACUCAUUACCCGGAGGCCUCUUGGCUCCCGGUGCGGGCGCAGUAAACAGCGCCGUGUCCGUGGGCCACCAGCGCAUGGACGGCUACGCACACGUGGCCAACGGCUGGACGAACGGCGCGUACUCGCUGGUUCAGGAACAGCUGGCCUACCCUCAGCACCACGGCAUGAGCAGCCCACCACCUCUGCAACAGAUGCACCGCUACGACAUGACGGCGGGUCUGCAGUACCCCAUGAUGUCCACGGCACAGACCUACAUGAGCGCGGCGUCCACGUACAGCGGCGUCUCGUACGCGCAGCAGAGCCCGGGUGCAGUGGGCCUCGGCUCCGUGGCCUCCGUAUGUAAGACAGAGCCCAGCUCGCCACCGCCUGCCAUCGCCUCACACUCACAGCGCGCCUGCCUCGGAGACCUGAGGGACAUGAUCAGCAUGUAUCUGCCUCCCGGAGGAGACAGCGCCGAUCACAACACACUCCAGAGCAGCCGCUUACACAGCGUACAUCCACACUACCAGAGCGCGGGGACCGGGGUGAACGGAACACUGCCCCUAACCCACAUUUAACAGACUCACUCGUGUUUUAGGGGUAGUGCAGGAGUAUGGAGCCGACAGAGUGAAGGAAACACUGCCCCUGAAAUACACCUAAGAGACUCGUGUUUUAGGGGUUGUAGAGUUGAGAUGCUGAAUGGCGUAUUACCCCUAACCCACAUUUAAGACUCAUGUUUUAGGGGUUUUGAGGAAAGGGGUGGGGGGUUAAAAAAAAGGACUAAGUACUUCGGAUACUUGAACAUUUAUAAUUUGAAAAAAAGAGAAAAAAAAUCACAGUUCAGUUUUUUAAAAGAUUGAAACUAUUUUACUCUCAAUGAGUUGUCCGUUUGAAAGUUUAUGACAUAUCACGAACUGGGUUCUAAAUGUUGCUCUCGGUUUAGACAUGCAUUGCAAAGGAGCUUUUUUUAUCAUAAGCUAACGCAAUCAACGUGUGUGCAGGAAAAUCGGACUUCUGACUACUGACUACUGAAAUGCAGUCAGAUUUCCUCUCUAUGAAAAGAUAGGCACGUGGCUUCAUGAAGAGGCUGUUGUAAUUUCAGAAAAAAAAAUACACUGGAGGAAGAGUAUAUUUGCUCAUUUUAAUGUUUACACUUAAUUUGUAGAAUGUCAGUUUUGUUGGCUGUGUCCACACCUGUGUAGUCUUUUUUCUGUUUUUGUUUCUGUAUUAGUUUUACACUGAAAUGAAAUAACUGUGCUGGUCGCGAGCGCAAAGUUUGUUUUAUUUAUAGUACUUUUUUUAAGUUUGUGAUCCAUAGUCUUUAUGUCUCGUUCACUUUUCGUUUCAGUUUGUUUGUGUGAAGCUUCUUUUCUGUGAUGUUUUUACAGUAUCAGUUUAACCCAUUUUUGUGGGACGGAGAGUUUUAUUUAAACUGGCGUUUCUACUUAUUUUAAGACCAUCCUUUAUUCUCAAAUGCCGAAUAAAUUUGUACAAAACAA